ACCCACGCACUUAGUGUCGUAUUAAAUAACACAAUAUGGCUUCCGCGAGAAAAAACAUUUGGCGCAAGACAACUUAGAUUGGACUUGAAGAUAACUGAAGUUCGGAACACAAUAUGGAACAAGUUAAAACUGAAUUUGGCAAAACUCAGUUGGUAGAAGAUGAAUUGACUGUUAACGAAGCUAUUUCAGAGCUUAAAGAAUACAAGUUAAGAAACGACAACCUCAUUGCUGUGGACAGCGAAGGGAUCUCGCUAAGUAGAAAAGGUAAAUUGACGGUUUUGAUCAUAGCAACAAGAGAGAAAGUAUACGUUUUUGAUGUGCUGAAGGUUGGCCAGUCCAUUUUCGAAUCUGGCCUAAGGGAAAUUCUUGAAGACAGCAAAUACGAAAAGUUGAUGUUUGAUUGCCGUCAAGAUGCCGAUGCACUUUGGCAUCAAUUCAACAUCAAAUUGGCAGGAGUCGUGGACUUACAAUUGCUUGAAGUCAUGCAACGUCGCGAGUCUCCGUCAGAUUUUUCAAGAUCAAAGUCAAGCACAAAAAGAAGGUUUUAUCGACGUCGCAGUCAAAAUACAGAAAAUAUAAAGAAAGUUUAUGGGUAUCGAAAUUGCUUAGAAUUGUACGUCAAAGAUGAAAAAAUGAUUGCUGUAAAAGAUGACGGGGUGAAAUUGUUCACAUCAAAUAUCCUUGCUUGGACGAAACGACCAUUACCAGAAAAGCUGAUUCGGUAUUGUGCAGUAGACACAAUGGGAAUGUUCAAGCUACACGAAGCGUUCAAAAGUAUGCUCAGUAUUUCUGAAAAAGCUCGUCUCAAGAUAGCCUCCGAUAAAUACACAGAUUACUACAGAGAAAAGAAGGAGAGAGUCUUCAAUGAAUACGAAACAAACUCAUAUCUUCCGCUUGAUGUUAUUCCCGAGAAAGGAACACAGAGUUUUCCAUACGCUGGAACGACAUGUACAAAAUGUGAUCGUAAAUUUCCACAAGAGGAGUUUAGCGUCACCCAGCUACGGAAAGGAGAACAAAAAUGCAGAGUUUGUAAGGAGAUUAAGCACGUGAACGAUGUUCAAAAGAACAGGGAAGAUAAUUGGGCGCGAGAUGAAGAAUAUGAGAAUUCAAUUUACAUAUCAGAUGGUGAAGGCGAAUUUUGUUUCUUAUAAAAAGGAGUGCAACACUUGGAGUUACUCGCAAAUUUAUCAUGGAAAAAUAAGUUAGCAAAAAUAUUCAUCUUUCCUUCCCGCCACAUACCAAAAUUACACACGUUCAGGUCAUCGUUCAGUAAAUAUGGAAUACGAAAGCUUAAAGAACACUGACGUUUUAACACGUGACCUCGAUUGUCAUUUACGAACGCUAUUGAUGAAAUAAAUUAUCGCGAAGAAAUAAAUAACUAAAAGUCCACUUAUUCACGCCCUUGCGAUAUUGUGUCCUUGAAAUUGCCUCAUUGAAAUGUCGAUUCGAUUCAAAACAAAUUGGUUUUUAAAAUGCGCAGUACAUUAAGAAAUAAAAAAUGCUUCCAAGAUGGACUAUUUUGGCGCAGUAAGAGUGCCAACAAAUGUACCAGUGUCACGCACUCAAUGCAUUAUGGGACUUGGAGUUUCAAUCUUUGCAAUAUAGAUGGUCGCAUUUUGCCAAGAUAAGGACGACAGACCAAAACCGCAAUACAACAAACACAUUCAUAAUCGAAAACAAGAUAGCAUUCGGCAAAGACGAGGAGGAUUCAAACACAAAACAAGCAGAAAAAGCAAUAAAUAUGUUGGAUUUAGUGAAAACAAAAACACAAUGUUAGAUGGUGUGUCGCUUGUUUAAAGGAGCUUCUUUAACGAAUAAAUAUUUUUUAAAAACGCAGAAA